GGCAACGCCUCGUUCGCUUAAACAUGGAAAUCCCGACGCGGACGAAAUGAUUGCCGACGAGGACCUCGCCGCACCGACGUUAUCUUCUUCGGGAUCCGUGGGGUCGAAAAGCGACGAAGACGAAGGGGACGAAGACGAAGAGGAAGAAGAAUGUAUGGACGACGACGACGACGAUGACGACGUAUCAGUCAGCUCAACCGGCGAGUCGAACCGCAGUAUUCUUUCAGAAGCGCUGAGCGGUACCGGCGAGGUGAGCACCGAAGAGGCGGCUUCUUCGUGGAGCUCGGCCGUGUCUGAGGACCACACGUCGCCGGACAGCUGCGCCACAUCAAACAGCCGGCCCGGUUCCACGGUUGACCGUUCGUCGUACACCACGGCCGACCCCAACCCGUACGCUUGCCAGUACUGCGAGAAGACGUUUCCGCGGGGCAGCUACCUGAAGAAGCACGAACAGACUCAUGGAGAAUCCAUGCCGUUCAAGUGUCAAUUCUGCCGGAGGCUGUUCAAACACAAACGCAGCAGAGACCGGCACGUAAAAUUACACACGGGCGACAAGAAGUACAAGUGCACUCAGUGCGACCAUGCUUUUUCAAGGAGCGAUCACCUGAAGAUCCACAUGAAAACGCACGACAACCAAAAGCCGUUCCAGUGCACGGUCUGCAACCGGGGAUACAGCACGGCGGCCGCCUUGACGUCGCACAUGCAGAACCAUCACAAGCGAGCGGCGGAAAGAGACAAUUCACCGCAAAUAGCCGGCCCGUCGUACAAGUGUCUGCAGUGCACGCAGAUAUUCCGGAAGCCCGACGAACUUCAGAACCACACCGCAAACCAUCACUUGGGCGAACAGCUGUCGUCGAAUUCCCGAAGUUCAAAACGGUCAACGCCGCCGAAAACGCCCAAUCAAUAUAUAUGCAUGUACUGCACCAAAGAAUUGCCGAGCAUGGACGCACUACAACAACACUUCCAGAGCAAACACUCCGCCAUCAUAAACGGCAAGCACCAAGAAGACCCGGCGGCGAUUCCGUCGGCGUUCCCGUGGUUCAAUUUUCCGGAUUCGCCUCCGCUGACCCUGCCGCCGUACUCUUGCCGGCUGUGCAUGAGCCAAUUCCCGUCGGUGCUCUCCCUGCAAAAACACUUUACCGCCGCCCACUAUCUCAACUCCGUCCUAAACAACAACAACAACAACAACAACAACAGCCACAACAACAACAACAACAACAACGGCCACGGCAAAGACACGCCGGCGGCGGCCAUGUUCAACUGGCCGCCGACGACGACCGACGGGUGCCGCGGGUUCCCGCCCGAAGACAACGGCCAGACCGGUCCGACCGAUUUGUCGAUUUCCAAAAAACCCUCGGGAAAACACAAAACACAUUCGGCGGACGGCCGAAGUCACGCCGGCAAGAAAUCCAGGAGUUCGCCCGGCCACGAACAGGCGUCGGGCCCGGCCGCGCGCGCUCCCUGCCCGUCCAAGCUGGAACGCGCCGGGAACGCGUACGCCGACGGCAGCAAACGGCACUCGGGCCGACCCACCGCGGCCGGCGCGGGCUCCAAGCUGCAGUUGCCUUGUCCGCACUGUCACCUGGCGUUCGGCCAUUUCGAGGACUAUCAGCAGCACGUGAUCGGCCACUUCCUGAUGGCGGCCGCCGAGUACUCGUGCCAGGAGUGCUCCAGCUCGUUUGCCACGUCCGAGAACAUCCAGAAACAUCUGAUGGAGACGCACGCGCAAAAUUUCUACAGGUGUAUGCUCUGCAAAGAAGUGUUCCCGACCAAAUCGGCCUUAAAGGUACACUUUAGCAUGAACCACGGCAGUGAGCAUAGGAUGUACCGCUGCAACAACUGCACGGGUGCCAAUAGACCUUUGUUCCAGACCGAAAUCGAAUUCAUCGAUCACUUGAGAAACACACACUACUCCGCCAGAUCUCCACCGUCGAUCCAAAACAACAUGAUGUUGAGAUGUCUAGUGUGUCACGCUACGUUCAACACACAGUCGGACAUGGAACAACAUCUAGCUAGUCAUUCCAAACAGUUUCAAUGUCAGUUUUGUUCGGAAUCGUUUCACAUCGAGUUCCUAUUGGACAGACACAUACAAACUCAUCAUAGCUCCACCAUACUGAGUCAUCUCAAUCGAAACCGCAGAGACUCGCCAAAUUCGGCGUGCACUUCACCGACAUACUUGUCCAGGUCGACGGACGGCAACAAAACGGCGAUAGAGAACGGUCCGAACACUUGUGAUAUUUGCGAGAAAAGUGAUUUUCGUAACGAGUUGGACUUGAUAGCUCACAAACGAACCGUUCAUCAAGUCAAACCUACAAAUUUAUCGACAAAAAUGAGCUUACAUUGCGCGUAUUGUAACGAGAAUUGUAAAUCCAGAACGGAACUGGAGAAUCACAUGAAGACCCAUUCGCAACAGGGUUCGACCGCAGGGAAACACAAAUGCAACAUAUGUGACGAAAUCUACCAAUCGGCUAUCAGCCUGGCCGAGCACAAACUCGUCCAUUGCAAGGUGGCGACGAGCACGGUGUGCAGUCACUGCAAGAUGGUCAUCGACAGCGAAGAUCAGUUCUACCAGCACCUGCAGAAACAUUGCAACCCGGUCAACGGCGGCAGCCACCUGACGUUCCCGACGUCCUGUAUCAUCUGCAGGCAAACGCUGGUGUCGGACAUCGAAGUCAAAGUGCACGUUCACUACCACCUGGCCAGACUCAAGGAACCGCCGGCCGUGUGCGGCGCGUGCAACCGGUACAAGUCGUCGCCGUCGUCGCCGUGCGCCAACUGCAACCCGAACAGUAACUCUCCGGAACGGUGCGCCGACUGCGGGGCGUCGUUCGAAACGUUCGGCUCGCUGCAACAUCACCUGUCCGCCGUCCACAGAAAGCCAUUCCAUUGUUUCAAGUGCAAGAUCGGAUUCGAGUCGCAACAAGAAGCCACGCUCCAUCUGGGCACACAUCUAGCCACGUUGAACGGGUCCGUGGACGGUAUCGAAUGCGGUCUCUGCCCGUGCGUGUUGCCCACGCCCAACAGUCUGCAGACCCACUUGAUCGAGCACACGUUCGCCGGUUGCAAAGCGUUCACUUGCUAUCUCUGCUCGGCCAUAUUCACCGUGCCCACGGGUCUGCAGGCGCACAUGUCGGUCGACCAUUGCACGGAGACGCCGCCGUACGAUUGUCCCAGGCCUAACUGUCAGACCAGGUUUUUCUUCACUGCCGAGCUUGACCGUCACACAUUGGAACACCAAGGACAAGACGUGCUGGCCAACAUGAAUUUCUACAAAUACCAAAACAAACUGAUGUCUAUAUGCGAGAAGAUGUCGUUCAAGUGCACGGAGUGCUGUCAGAGUUUCUUGACUCAGGUGGACUUACAGUGUCACGUGUACGAACACCACCGGAGGGAAGCGGCCGCGCCACGGGUGAACACACCCGCGUCCGACGCUAUCAAACGGGAAGAAGGCGGAGCCGGCCCUCAGGAGAACGGCGAACAGACCCUGGGAAAACCGAUUAAAUUGGAAAAACCCGAAGAAGUCAGCGUGAAAACCGAACAGGUCAAGUACGGUGGCGGCGACGACGACGACGACGACGACAAAGAGGAAGAAGACGAGGAAGACGAGGAAGUGAUUGACGUAGGGGUGAACAACCGAGAAGACAACGACGUCGACGAAAAAGCGUAAGCGAUACCGAGAAACUGAUUAUGUGAAUAUUAUUAAAACGAUAGGAAAUGUACAUUUGAUUGUAAAAUCACGAGUUAUUAAUAUAUUAUUAUAUUAUUGCAUCAUUAUGAAAUAUAUAACACGCUUAAUUGGCAUAGCAUGAUUUAUAGAACAUUAUAGAUAAUGUAUGCGAAGUGGAUUUUUUUUUUUUUAAAUUUAUAUUAUAAUAAUAAUAAUAGUAUACAAAUAAAUAACAUAAUUAAUUAUUAUUAUUGUUAACAAUAUAGCAUCGAACGAGUUUGACGU